GGCCGCCAGCUUGCAAAGUCGGACGAUGCGGGUCUUGGUGGCGAUCGGCUCCAACUUGGGCGACCGCGCUGGUCAUCUGCACCGCGCCGUGGACGCGCUCAACCAGCUCGCGGGCGCGGUGCUGCAGACGUCAGCGCUGUACACGACUGUGCCGCAGUACGUCACGGACCAGCCGCAGUUCCUCAACGCCAUCCUCGAGCUCGAGACGGCCUUGUCUGCCGUGGAUCUUCUUCUCUGCUUCAAGGAGAUCGAGGUGCUGGUCGGGCGCACGCCGUCGGGUCUGCGCUACGGCCCGCGCGUGCUCGACGUGGACAUUCUCUUUUACGGCGCCGACGUCAUUGAGACGACAACGGCCGUUGGACCUUUGCACGUUCCGCACCUGCUCAUCCAGGAGCGCGACUUUGUCCUACGCCCGCUGCUCGACAUCGCCGCCGACUUUGAGCACCCGCAACUGCACAAGACGAUCCGAGAACUCUACCACGCACUGCAAGCCACGACCCACAUUGAGACGCCGCCCGUGCCCGUGCUCUGCCUCGGCCCCAGUCAGCACUGGGUCCUGCACCAAAAGACGUACGUCAUGGGCAUUGUUAACGCGACGCCCGACAGCUUCAGCGCCGACGGCAUCGGUAACUCGCAAGUUGCCGUGGAGAAGGCGCUCGCCAUGGUUGCGUCCGGCGUCGACAUCAUCGACGUCGGCGGCGAGUCGAGUCGCCCCGGCGCGUCGCCCGUCUCGCUGGACGAGGAACUCGCUCGGGUCCUCCCGGUCAUUCGUGGCAUCCGCGCCGCCUCGUCGAUCCCGAUUUCCAUCGAUACGACCAAGGCAGAUGUCGCCAAAGCGGCGAUCGAGGCUGGGGCCACGCUCGUCAACGACAUUUCCGCGGGCCAGGCCGACGUGGCCAUGCUCUCGACCGUCGCUGCGUUGAAAGUGCCGUACAUUGUCAUGCACAUGCGCGGGACUCCGGCCACGAUGACGACGCUCAAGGAGUAUGCCAACGUCGUGGACGACGUCGCGUCCGACUUGCGGGCGCUCGUGGUGGCGGCCGUCGCGGCGGGAAUUCCAACGUGGAACCUCGUCGUGGACCCGGGCAUCGGCUUUGCCAAGGACAAGGACUUGAACCUGCAGCUCCUCCGACACGUGGCGACGCUCACCGCUCGCUGCGCACCGUGCCCCGUCUUGAUUGGCGCAUCACGCAAGAAGUUUCUCGGCACGAUCUGCAACAAGCCCGAGGCCAGCGACCGCGACUGGGCGACCGCCGCCACGUGCAGCGCGGCAAUUGCGGGCGGCGCGGCCAUCGUGCGUGUGCACGACGUCGCGGGCCUCAUCGACGUCGUCCGCGUCUCGGACGCAAUCUGGCGCUGAUGCGACAAGCGUAGCCGUUCGUUGCUCGAUCAAAAGCAUCAUUUCGCCUUCAUGUCUUGAUGGUCCAC